AUUUCGUUCAAUCAGUUAUAUUUCACAUUUGCACAGCUCACAACACCGAGCGAAAUGUUUGCUGGCCGAUUAAUUGUCAUACUACUGGUGUCUUAUAUCAAUAAUGGCGAUGCCGUAACUUACACAAGUCUCCAUCAAUCGUGUGAAGGCCGAACGACACCGGAAAUGCAUGAGAAAUGCGGCAUUUAUACGUUUUACAAAAUGAAACCUCUUUUACUGGAUUUGGGAGAAUUACAGGCUAAAUUACUAACUGCUGAAAACGAGAAUAAAGAACUGCAAAAAGAUGUAAGUGGUCUUCAGGCCAAAAAUCAGGAACUAGCGUCAAGCGUCAUCCAAAACGUUAAACGAAUAUCAGAUUUGGAAUCCGAAAUUGAUAGGCAAAAGGUGAACAACAAAUUGCAGAUCGAAAGACAGAGAACUCUCCAGAGGGAGAAUAGCAAUCUUGAAGCUGAAAUCAAGAAUCUGGAAGAAAACUUUAGGAAAUAUAAGCAAAAUGGGCCUUGGUUUUCUAUUUAAUAAAAAUAAUAAAAUAUGCAAUAAA